AUGUCCCCCUCCAGAGGAUGGCACAUUCCUGUGCUGCAGAACGACUUCGUACCGUCAGGAUUUCCCCUGACCUUUAGCCUGGGAGGAAAUGAUAUCGCAACUGGAAUACCCGAGGGCCAGGAGCUGGCAGCGCAGACCCCGGCAGCUGCAGGGGCUGGGAGGCCAAGGCAGCUGCAGGCCCUGCCUGAGUCACAGAGGUGGAUGAGACAGUCUGCCUCUGAGGAGCUAGUGCCAGGGCCACAAGCUGCCUCCACUGAUGGCAAGGAUGAUGCCACAUUUCUGCCUGGCCCUGAGAACUCAGACACCACAGCUAAGACCUUCCCUGCCCGGGUCCGGAGAGCUACAACCUCAAGGACAGAGCGGAUUUGGCCUGGAGGGGUCAUUCCUUAUGUCAUUGGAGGGAACUUUACUGGCAGCCAGAGGGCCAUUUUCAAACAGGCCAUGAGACACUGGGAAAAGCACACCUGUGUGACCUUCGUGGAAAGGACAGACGAGGAGAGCUUCAUUGUGUUCAGUUACAGGACCUGUGGCUGUUGCUCCUAUGUGGGGCGCCGAGGAGGAGGUCCACAGGCCAUAUCCAUUGGGAAAAACUGUGACAAGUUUGGCAUUGUGGCUCAUGAGCUGGGCCAUGUGGUUGGUUUCUGGCAUGAACACACUCGGCCGGACCGAGACCAGCAUGUCACCAUCAUCAGAGAAAACAUCCAGCCAGGUCAGGAGUAUAAUUUCUUAAAAAUGGAAGCCGGCGAGGUGAGCUCUUUGGGAGAGACCUAUGACUUCGACAGCAUCAUGCACUAUGCCCGGAACACCUUCUCAAGAGGAGUUUUCUUAGACACCAUCCUACCCCGUCGAGACGACAAUGGCGUCAGGCCAACCAUUGGCCAACGAGUGCGGCUCAGUCAGGGAGAUAUAGCUCAAGCCAGGAAGCUGUACAAAUGCCCAGCAUGUGGGGAGACACUACAGGACACAACCGGAAACUUUUCUGCACCUGGUUUUCCAAAUGGCUACCCCUCCUAUUCCCACUGUGUCUGGAGGAUCUCUGUCACCCCUGGGGAAAAGGUCAUCCUAAAUUUCACAUCCAUGGAUUUGUUUAAGAGCCGGCUGUGCUGGUACGAUUACGUGGAAGUCCGGGAUGGUUACUGGAGAAAAGCCCCCCUGUUGGGGAGGUUUUGUGGCGAUAAGGUGCCUGAACCCCUCAUCUCCUCUGACAGCCGUCUGUGGGUGGAAUUCCGUAGCAGCAGCAGCAUCCUCGGCAAGGGCUUCUUUGCAGUAUAUGAAGCCAUGUGUGGGGGAGACAUCACAAAAGAUGCCGGUCAGAUCCAAUCUCCCAAUUACCCCGAUGACUACAGACCUUCCAAGGAAUGUGUGUGGAGGAUCACAGUGGCGGAUGGGUCCCAUGUGGGACUUACCUUCCAGUCCUUUGAGAUCGAAAGGCAUGACAGCUGUGCAUAUGACUAUCUGGAAAUCCGCGAUGGAUCCACGGAGGAGAGCGCCCUGAUUGGCCACUUCUGUGGCUAUGAGAAGCCAGAGGCUGUCAAAUCCAGUGCCAACAGACUGUGGGUGAAGUUUGUGUCCGAUGGUUCCAUCAAUAAAGCAGGCUUCGCAGCCAAUUUCUUCAAGGAGGUGGAUGAGUGUUCCUGGCCAGACCAUGGUGGGUGUGAGCAACGCUGUGUCAACACACUCGGCAGUUACACAUGCGCCUGUGACCCGGGCUACGAGCUGGCUGCCGACAAGAAGACAUGUGAAGUGGCCUGUGGUGGAUUCAUUACCAAGCUAAAUGGCACCAUCACCAGCCCUGGGUGGCCGAAGGAGUACCCCACAAACAAGAACUGUGUCUGGCAGGUGGUGGCCCCCACACAGUACCGCAUCUCCCUGCAGUUUGAAGCAUUUGAUCUGGAAGGCAACGAUGUCUGUAAGUAUGACUUUGUGGAGGUACGCAGUGGCCUGUCCCCUGACGCCAAGCUUCAUGGCAGGUUCUGUGGCUCCGAGACCCCUGAGGUCAUCACAUCGCAGAGCAACAACAUGCGCGUGGAGUUCAAGUCUGACAACACGGUCUCCAAAGGAGGCUUCCGGGCCCACUUCUUCUCAGACAAGGACGAGUGUGCCAAGGACAAUGGCGGCUGCCAACAGGAGUGUGUCAACACAUUCGGGAGCUACCUGUGCAGGUGCGGGAAUGGGUACCGACUACACGAGAAUGGACAUGACUGCAAAGAGGCUGGCUGUGCGUACAAGAUCAGCAGUGCAGAGGGGACCCUGAUGAGCCCCAACUGGCCUGACAAGUAUCCCAGCCGGAAGGAAUGUACCUGGAACAUUUCCUCAACCGCAGGCCACAGGGUGAAAGUUACAUUCAAUGAGUUUGAGAUUGAGCAACACCAGGAAUGUGCCUAUGACCACCUGGAACUGUUCGAUGGGACGGACAGCCGGGCCCCCAUCCUCGGCCGCUUUUGUGGCAGCAAGAAGCCAGAUCCCGUGGUGGCUACGGGCAACAGUCUGUUUCUCAGGUUUUACUCAGAUGCCUCGGUGCAGAGAAAAGGCUUCCAGGCUAUGCAUAGCACAGAGUGUGGGGGCAGGCUGAAGGCUGAAGUGCAGACCAAAGAGCUCUAUUCUCACGCCCAGUUUGGGGACAACAACUACCCAAGCCAGGCCCGCUGUGACUGGGUGAUAGUGGCCGAGGAUGGCUACGGCGUGGAGCUAAUAUUCCAGACCUUUGAAGUCGAGGAAGAGGCAGACUGUGGCUAUGAUUACAUGGAGGCCUAUGAUGGCUACGACAGCUCGGCACCCAGGCUCGGCCGCUUCUGUGGCUCAGGGCCUUUAGAGGAAAUCUACUCUGCAGGGGAUUCGCUGAUGAUCCGAUUCCACACAGAUGACACCAUCAACAAGAAAGGCUUUCAUGCCCGAUACACCAGCACCAAGUUCCAGGAUGCCUUGCACAUGAGGAAAUAGCUCCAAGGUGCGGGGAAGACAGAGACUAAGGAUGCUUUAAACACCUGUGAACAAGCAGCCCCCGGUGUACAGUAUUUUUUUCAACAACAAAAGCU